AACAGGGGCUGGGUACUGAAAACAACAACCCAGAGCCUGCAGAUCCUCCAGGAUCUCCUCUGCACUGAUGCACACUGACCGACCCGCAGACACUCUCCUCAUGUCACUGUGUGCUGGAGCCGGUUUGGAGCAACACAUCUGGGAGUAAACCUGCACAACUCACCGGAGUUUCCCGCAGCUUUGCAUAAAAUUUCACCUGCAUGCGUCAGAGCGCACACUCCUCUCAUCCCCGCGCGCAAACACACACACACACACACACACACACACACACACACACACACACACACACACACACACACACCGCGCGCACAUACACAAGGAGGAGUGCGCCUGUUUCUCGGAGAGCAGCCAGGAGAGGCUGAAAACAUCCACACCGCCUGGUUCGUCGUACCUUGACGUGCGUAAUCAUUUAGCGCUUCAUUCCGCAUCCUGACCGCCGGAGGGUUCAGACAGCGCGCUCACAGCAGUGAUCAGACCCCCAGUUUGGUGAGUGAAGAUGAUUCCUGUGCUGAUCUGUGCGUUGAUCUCACUGAGUGUAGCUACGAAUGAUUUAGACACUCUGUAUCCUGAACUGGAGCACUCGAGAACCAUCUAUGUCACAGAGAACGGCCCUCGACUCUCAGUGUCGACAGACCAAUCGAAGGUGGUGUCGAGGCGAGGAGGGAACGCCACGUUACCAUGCAAGAUCCACAUGGACCCAUCACUGACACCCAGUCGGAAGAUGAGGAUCAAAUGGACCAAGCUGACCUCGGACUACCUGAAAGAGCUGGAUGUAUUCGUCGCCAUGGAUUAUCACAAAAGGAGUUACGGCAGUUUCCACGGACGCGUCCACCUGCUGGGCUCCUCUCCCAUGGACGCCUCCCUGGUUAUCACAGAGCUCACCCUGGAGGAUUAUGGGAGAUAUAAAUGCGAAGUUAUCGACGGACUGGAAGACGGAACAGUGGUGGUGUCCCUCGACCUGGAAGGUGUCGUCUUCCCCUACUUCCCCCGCCUGGGUCGCUACAACCUCAACUUCUACGAUGCUGAGCGGGCGUGUCGUGACCAGGACGCCAUCGUGGCCUCCUUUGACCAGCUGUACGACGCGUGGCGAGGAAAGCUGGACUGGUGCAACGCCGGCUGGCUGAGCGAUGGCUCAGUCCAGUAUCCCAUCGUCACACCCAGAGAACCCUGCGGAGGCAAGAACACGGUGCCGGGCAUUCGUAACUAUGGCCUGAGAGACAAAGAUAAGAACCACUACGAUGUGUUCUGCUUCACCUCCCACUACAAAGGUCGGUUCUACUACCUGAUCCACCCCUCUAAGUUAACCUACGACGAGGCGGUCCAGGCGUGUCAAAAAGAUGGUGCUCAGAUCGCCAAGGUCGGCCAAAUGUUCGCCGCCUGGAAGCUGCUAGGCUACGACCGCUGCGACGCUGGCUGGUUGGCUGACGGCAGCGUCCGUUAUCCCAUCUCCCGACCCCGCCGGCGCUGCAGCCCCACGGAGGCUGCCGUGAGGUUCAACGGCUUCCCCGACAAAAAGCACAAGCUGUACGGAGUGUACUGCUUCAAAGGCCACAACUGAGCUGCAAACACACACACACAGCAUGCACACACACACACACACACACACACACACACACACACACACACACACACAUUCAUACACUAGUGAACACACUAGUGGAAAAAGAGACGCAUUCAAACUGUGAUGCUUUAUUUCAUUGAACCUUAAGACAUUAUUGUCAGACAUGGUGUUGCUUUGUAAUCUGGGACCUGACACUCUCUGAGGGUUAGUUUACACAUAUUUAAGGUUCAUAUUAUUUAAUC